GCGUGAGAGAUGGCUUUCUCACGUGUGUGUUAUAAUUGUAAUAUGCCAGGACAUUUCGUCAAAGAUUGCCCCUACUGUCAGCCUUCCUUUUCCCGGCGUCCCCGCCCGCCAAUGUUUCCACCACUACAAGCAGCCAACAAUCCCACUCUCCCACUACCUCCCUCUCUUGGCUCUCCCGCUCCACCCCCUCUGCUUGCGCUUCCACCACCACCAACCCCUGUCUCACAUCAAAAUGCUCCUAAUCAUAACCCUAACUCCUCUUUGGUCUCUGGGCAAAUGGUUCUCGCCCGCCAGCCUCUGUGGAAGAUGAAUCAGGAGAAGCUUGAUCGUGUAUACGAGUUUAUGGCCUCCGAGCUCGAGGCGAGACAAGAGGCGAUCCGAGAGAAGGAGAGGCUGAUCAAAAAAGAAGAAGAACGAAGGAAGGUGAGAGAGGCGGAAGAGAAAGCUACAAGGAAGUUAAAGGAGCGACAAGAGUUUGAGGAAAGAAUCAGCUACAUCGUGGGCACGAAGAUCAACGAUGCUUGCGAACUUUUCUUGGGGAAAGCAGAGCAGUCCAGACCUACGCUUGCAGACAAUCGUUGCAGAGAACAGAACCUCAGGGUGAGACAGGGACCAGAUCUAGAAAAGGAGCGAUUGGAGAAACAAGUUGAGCAACUUCAGCGCGAGCACGAAAAUAUCAAGAAACAUAUGGAUGAAUUGACAAGAUCCGUAAAACAGACAGGCAAUGCGUUCAAGAGGCAGGGCAUGACCCCUCGCUCAAACCUCUCCAAGAGAAUGAACGAAGCCACGGAUGACGAGGAUCACGAUCGGCGCGGACAACAAGAGGAGGGGCUUGAUGACCUCUCUCUUAGACCAUCUCCUCCGAAGUGCACCUCUGAACGUCUCGCUAGUAAAGCCGCCGCAACGGAGAGAGCCGAUUUCCUCAAAGAGACAAAUAAGUACUUGAAGAGGCUCAAGAAGAACGGCUUGCAGAUACUGUGCGGGAAGGAAGAUGAUGAUGAUGUCAGUAAUGCUGCUGCUGCUGAUGAUGAUGAUGAUGAUGCUAAUGAUGAUGAUAAUGACGAUGAUGCUGAUGAUGAUAAUGAUAAUGAUGAUGAUGAGAUGAUGAUGAUGAUGAUGAUGAUGCUAACGAUGAUAAUAACAACCGCCGAUGAUGAUGAUGAUGAUGAUGAUGAUGAUGAUGAUGAUGAUGAUGAUGAUGACAAUGAUAAAACCGAAGCUGAUGAUGAAGAUGCCCUCUUACGAGCUGAUGAUAAAGUUGUCGCUGACGAACAUGCUGAUGAAGAAGCCCGCUUACUAACUGAUGUUGUCCCGAUAAGAUGACGCAGAACAUUUCUUAAAAAAAAACUGCACUGGAUACGAGCUGAGAACCUGAACAUCACUUCCCUCCUUAUUUCCCUCCAUUCGUCCUCCCAUCUCAUGGGACACACUGUACUCUCCUCCCUCUUGCUGUGAGCCGAGAUCCUCCACCAAAAUAUGCAAGAUGAAGAGCACCAAUGAUUCUUCCUGAAGCAAGCCUCGUAAGAAAAACUUACUCACCCUUACACGGCAUGCUAGCCCAUAGCAUUCCUCGUGAUAGGCACAAGACGGCG